GGCGAGCGCCGUUGAGCCGUUGAGCGCCAGUCCCCAGCGUUUUUUUUCCUGCUAUACUUGAUGGCCUCACCAUGACAGCCUCUGAUUUGUUUAAGUCGGCCAGCCGGGGGUACCAGCAGCAGCAGUCCUGCCCUGCGUUGCAGGAGCUGGACCCUGCUGGUGCCGAGGCCGAAGGAGAAAACAACGCGGGCCUGGAGCGCACGGAGUCCGUGGGCUUCAAGAGUUGGUUCGCGGAGCACGUGUCGGGCGGCUUCAGCAUCGGCGCGCCUCGGCCCGUGAGGCGGGUGGAGGGACCAACCACGGAUGCCAACCUCCGCCGGGAGAUCGCCCUGGAGAAGGUCAAGCGCAUCGCCACCCGCUGCGAGCUCAAAGAGGUGCCGCCUGUGGUCUCGAGCCGGUCUUCGCCGGAUCUCCACGCGAAGACGGUGCCGAACCUGGAGGCCAAGAAUGCCAAGAAUGCUUCUGUUGGCUUUCACCAAAAUUCCAUCGGAAUCUUGUGGCACAAGGAGGAGGAGGCCAACCAAGCGCCCGACUCCGUGCCCAAGCCAGAGAAGCCGUCCACCUGCUUUGAGGCCUGUGGUGACAUGCGCUUUGUCCUUGGCAAAGUUGUCGACAAAUUCCGCGCUGCAGUUGGGAAUGGCGAUCUAGGCAUCGAGGAUCCAGGUUUUCAAGAUCCAGAGAAUGCCGUCAUCAUCUUCGACUGGGACGACACACUUUUGCCGACCACGUACAUUCUGGGGACAGUCAUCCCUUCUCUGGCGGAGGAAGAUCGUGCCGGGGCUUUGCCCGAGCACUCGCCUUACCAGGAGCUCUUGGCCGCCCACGCGCACCUCGUGGGCUUCCUGCUGCGCACGGCGCGGCGGACCGCGCGGGUGGCCAUCGUCUCCAACUCCCUGAGCCCCUGGGUCCAAGCUUCCGCGGCACGAUACUUGCCCGGCCUGGACCUUGAGGCCUUGCUGCAGGAGCUGGAUGUGCCUGUGUACUACUCACGGACGCAUUUGCCGACAAUUCCUGUGACUUACAAGGUGAACAAGUGGGAUGUCCACCUUGACCGCCGAAAUGGUGGGCGGAUUGGUGUUGACAUCAUCCGGGAGUUCGACGGCUCAUUGGCUGUGGCCAGAAUUGAGGACGGUGGGCUGAUGCAUGCCUGGAACAAGUCCCACCCCACGGAGGAGGUUCAGCCUGGGGACCGCUUCGCUGAGGUGAACGGCAACACAGACUCGCUGGCGGCCGAGUGCAGGAAGCUGCAGGAGUUAAAGAUCACGGUGUAUCGAGCUGUUCCUGACCGAGAUCCCUACGUUGAAGCCAAGCGCAUCGACAUGCAGGCUUGCUUAGAGAAGUUCUAUGGCCGCCAUCCCGAGUGGAGGCAAAACGUGUUGUGCAUUGGCGACGCCUGCACUGAGCAGCAAGCCAUCAAAGAGGUGCUGGCCAAUGUGCCAAAGGUGCAAGCGCCGUUGUGCAAGACGGUGAACCUGAUAGAUACGCCCACAGUUGAGCAGCUGAGCAACGAGCUCCGCAUUCUGCUGGUCUGGUUGAACAACAUGGUUCAGUACCACAAGGACUUCGACCUGUUUAUGGACCAGCUGGAUGACCUGGAGGCAGAGCUCUUUAGGGCUUGAGUGUACAUUUAGACCUUAGCUUUGAAACCUCGUUUGCCGCGAAAACAAAAGAGUGUGGCGUGCGCGACGUGUAGCCACUGAUCUGGGCGAUGCAUUCCGUUUUGGGUGUUGAUCCCUUGGAGCCAGCGGUCCGUUGGGGGAUCCGUUGAUCCGUGGAUUCGUGAGGUGCUU